CCGUGUCUCUCCUGCUGUCUCUCUCCCUGCCCGUGUCUCUGCCAGAGAGCCGAUAGAGGACAGAUGCCUCCAACUGCUUUCCAAGGGGCUGCGCCGCUUGCCUUCCCGCCAGCGGUGACGGACAGAUCUCGCUGCUCGUGCCCUGACCGGGGUUAGGUGCUGGCCCUGCUGCAUCUGGAGCCCGUCUGAUCGGAGCGUACCAGGCCCUCCUAGAAGUUUGCCCAUUUUCCCCCGAUGGGCGAUGACGCAGCUCAUGGCCUGGCGCUUGCCGUCCCCGUGUGCUGUGGGAGGCGUGUGUUGGGUCUGCAGACACUGCGAGAGUGUCGUCCCGCUCUUUCCUGCCGCGGGCUCUCGGGCGUUCCGUGUGCGCGGUGGAGAAUGUUCCUUUCUCAGCUGCUUUAGGAAAGUUUCAGUCCAGUCCACGGCCUGACACUUCCUGCUCUCGGUGCCGUUCCCAGGGCACAUGUUGCAGCUGUCACGGUCGUCCCAUCUGCACGCCGGGGGGGGGGUCGUGCCUCAGCCUUGCCCGGCCCGCUCACAGGCCCGUCACAGGAAUGCUUCCCUCUGUCGGAGCGAUUCUGACCGCUCGUCUUUGCGUUCUUUCUUGGGCUUUCUGUCUGUCUGCUUACGCUGUCCGCCUGUCUGGCGUGCUUUCUGCUUAAUCCGCUAGAGCCCGCGCGGUACGGAUAGUAGUGGGUUUUUUCCAAAGUGGGCUUAUUUAUUAGUCAGACAUAGAGAACCCACAAGCAGGGGGAGCGGCAGACUCAGAGGGAAAAGCAGGCUCCCUGCCCAGCUUCUGCAUUGCAGAACUCGUUCCCAGGGCCGUGUGGGCAGGGGACGCGGUCCGUAGUCCCCGUCGUGCGUGAGGCCCUGCGUCAGGACUGUGGCCUGCACACACUGCUUCUGGCCCACUCCCACCAGGCACCCAGUCCUGGGCUUGGGCAGUUCCACGUGGUGAGUGGACCACAUGCCCAGAUGCUGGCCGCGGGCGUCCCUGGAAGUCUCACGACCCCGGCAGAGGGUUGUUGGAAGCCGAUCUGCGAUGCAGCGGGGGGACAUGGCCCCACCAGGGAGGUGGCGAAAGAAACUGCCUGGGGGUUUGCUGAUGGGCUGCGUGUGACAUAUAAGAAGGGACGCUGGGAGUGGCCCCGUGCCCUUGGUCGGAGCACCGGAGGGGAGGAGGUGCAGAGGACCCGCAAUGCCUGUCAGGAGUCAGAGCUGAGGAGACCGUGCGUCCCCUCAGCUCAGAGGAUGGCGCACCCCGUCCCCCACCAAGCAGAGUGUGCAGCUUCUCUGCAGGACUUUGGAUCCCCCCCAGCUUCAUCAUGGACCCCCCACCCCGGGCUCAGUUUCCUCCCUGUGCCUGAGCUCUGCGGACAAUUCGGGGCCUAAAAUUGGCCCAGAGCCCUCAGCACCCGGUCACUGGAGUGGGGACAAUGAGCACGGGGUGCGUGUCCGGAAGGGACCGCUCCUCUGGGACAUUGUGCUGUGGGGAGGGGCACAGGGUGACCUUGGGGGCAGUCUGGAGAGCGCGGCAUCUCAGGGGUGCCCUGUGCUGCCUCCCUGCUUGGGAAUGCUGUCAGGACGAGCCUCGGGCUUGAGGCCCCAGUCCCCCAUGCCCUCAGCUCCUGGGACCAGCCCCUCCUUGGGAUCCCAACCCCCUAUCUGGGAUGCUCGCUGAACUCUCCCCAGGCCCCCUCCUGCACAGGCUGGCACCGAGGCCGCAUACGUCAUCCUGUCCGUCCUGGGCGCUGCUUGCUCUCUUUCCUGUGUAGCAUUGGCAGGGGGUUCAGGGACACCCACUUCUUGCCCACAGGGCUCACAGCCCACCCCGUGGGGAAUGCAACAUGUUCCCUGGGCCCUCGGGCGCUCCAUGCAAGAUACGCUGUGUGCUGGGGCACGGAAGAGCAUGGAGGCCUCCCGUUUGCUGCCAAGUCCCCGGCUGCCACGUUAGGAGGACCCGUCCUUGCGUUCCCCUGGCGUCAUCCUCCGCUUCUCGCCGUCUGUGGCUGGAACAGCAUCGCUGUGUCGUGGAACACAUGGCUGAGUGGCAGGUGGCGGAAGCAGAAGCACUGGUCCACACACUGGAUGGCUGGUCGGUGGUGGAAAGGAUGGUGGUGCCCACCAAAACACCCGAUGGAAAGCUCAUCUUCGGCAAAGGGACUUUGGAGCACCUGACAGAGAAAGUCAGAGGGUCGCCCGAAAUCACGGCGGUCUUUCUGAACAUGGAGAGGUUGGCCACGCCGACCAAGAAGGAACUGGAGGCCCGCUGGGGCGUGCCGGUGUUCGACCGGUUCACGGUGGUGCUUCACAUUUUCCGCUGCAACGCCCGGACCAAGGAGGCGCGUCUGCAGGUGGCCCUGGCUGAGCUGCCCCUUCUCAGGUCCCGCCUGAAAAGCAGCACUGCCCGCCCGGAUGCGCAAGGAUGGGGCUCGCGCUAUAUCAUGGGGUCAGGGGAAUCGUUCAUGCAGGUGCAGCAGCACCUCUUGAAGGAAAAGGAAAUGAAGAUCCGGAAGGCCCUGGAGAGACUGAGGCAGAAACGGCGGCUCCUGGGGAGGCAGCGGAAGCGGCAGGAGUUCCCGGUGAUCGCCGUGGUGGGGUACACCAACUGCGGUGAGAGCCCCUGCGGGCGCGAGAAGCGGGGAAAAACCACGCUGAUUAAGGCCCUGACCGGCGACGACGCUGUCCAGCCCCGGGAUCAGCUGUUUGCGACACUGGACGUCACGGCUCACGCCGGCUGGCUGCCCUCCCGCAUGGCCGUCAUCUACAUGGACACCAUCGGCUUCCUCUCCCAGCUGCCCCACAGCCUCAUCGAGUCCUUCUCUGCCACCCUGGAGGACGUAGCUCAUUCAGAUCUGAUCGUGCACGUGAGGGACGUGACCCACCCUGAGACGGAGCUGCAGAAAGCCAGUGUCCUGUCCAGCCUGCACGGCCUGCGCCUGCCCGCGCCUCUGCUGGACUCCAUGCUGGAAGUUCAUAACAAGACGGACCUGGUGCCCGGGUAUAGCCCGGCGGAACCCCAGGCUGUGGCCGUGUCCGCCCUGCGAGGGCACGGGCUCCCAGAGCUGAAGGCGCGGCUGGAGGACGCCGUCCUGAGAGCCACGGGGAGACAGGUCCUCACCCUGCGGGUCCGGCUGGCGGGCGCACAGCUGAGCUGGCUGCAUCAGGAGGCCACCGUGCAGGCUGUGGACGUGAUUCCCGAGGCCGGAGUGGCCGACGUCACCGUCGUCAUCAGCAAGUCCGCCUACGGCAAGUUCAGGAAGCUCUUCCCCGAGUGAAUGGACGUCGUGUCCGCCGCCGUCUCUGGGCCUCCUGCCGCCGUCUCUGUGGCCGCUCUGGGAGGAAGGGCCGGCGGCCGGACGUCGAAGGUCAGCUUGCCGGUCCACUGAGCGGCUCCGCUGCUGCCGGACCGCGCGUGCCUCGUGAGAGCGGACGUGCCUCCCGCAGGGUUCUGGCCGCAGGACAUGGGCUCCCUGCUGCUUCCAGCGGGGGCCAUCCUGCAGGAGGACGUCCCGCCCGUGCCGGCCGAGAGGGGGCUGGUGGCGGCUUCCCCAUCCGCCGCGUGUCGCAGACUCAGCAGCCAGGCCUCCUGCUCCCCACAGAGCGCCCUGGACGUCCGGAUGGUCUCCCGGAGGCACGGAAGCCUCUCGGCACAGGCAGUGGGAAAACACGGCGCGUCCUCGAAUCAGCACGAAACGGGGGUGCUCUCCGCUCGCCGGCAGCCGGCUAGGACAGGGGCAAGGCUGGAGGGACCACACCUUUCCCACGGCUGUCAGGGCCUGGGGCUGUCUUCACCAAAGCUCCCGGGACACAGGACAGGGCGCCGGUCCCUCUGCUGUUAGAGACGUUGCGUGGACAUUGCAGGGGGGCCGCGAGCCCAGCGCUGUUCCCCGUUCUCCGGAGGGGACGGUGACGUGAGUGGCCACCCUGUUGCUACCCCGGACGGUGUCAUGCUUGCUUUCCCCCUUCGAUGCGUGUUCACCCUCACAGCGGUGCUGUGGGAGUGAUUCCAGAUUUCGGAACUCCGGGAUUAAGGAGAAAACACCCGUAGCCUGCCUGCGGGUCUGCGGGGCGGGGGAGGCUUUCUUGCGGACGGGGGAGCGUUCUUCUCACGGCGGCGUGAGACAAGAAGCCGGUUUGGGAAAGCGGGUCGCCGCAGUGCUGGCGUGGAGGCCGGAGGGGACGCCGGCCGUCGGGGACAGCAGGGAGCCCGGGGACCGUGGAAGCCGGGUUCCCACCCGCAGGCCCCAGCCCCUGACGUGGGCCCCGGGAGACCCACGUCCGCGUGCUGGCUUGCAGGACCGUUAGGAGAAUACAUGGUGUGCUCCGAA